AUGCAGGCUUUUGUCCCAAAAAACAGAAGGCCUAGGUUUGAAUUAGUUCUUCGAAUUAUCGACCUGAACAAUAUUCCUCUCGUUAGCGGAGCGGCAUAUAUAAAAUGGCGGUUGCCUUCUUCAAAUGCCAAUGAGCAUCAUGGGACAACCGACAAAUCCCUCAUCCAUGAGCAUAAAGCCUCUUGGCACUAUGAACGGACCGUGCAAAUCAGGAUGACGAUCGAGCGCGACCAAACACUCCAUGAAUGCGAAAUCCAAUUUGAAGUAAUACAGGAAUUUUCAUCUGGGGUUCACGCUGAGAAAAACCUUUUAGGGAGGGUGAAACUCAAUCUAUGCGAGUAUGUGGACAAAAGCGAUGACGACGAGGGUAUCGUACGUCGAUACUUGAUGCAGGACAGCAAGAUAAAUAGCACCCUCAAAAUCGGCAUAUCCGUGCAACAAAUGGAAGGAGAUCGCAACUUCACGACUCCGCCACUAAGAUCCGCCAUGGCUUUCGGCGGGAUAACAGGAGUUGUGGCUUCUGAGCAAGCCGAGGCUGAUGACUCGGGUCAGCCACCUUUGAUCAACACCCAAAGUCGAGAGGUUGCCGAUAUGCAAGAGAUGUACCGACGUACAUUGGCAGCCUCCUGGACUUCUCGCGCGGACGACCUCCCUGCGGAUAAAUUGAUUGAAGGGCUAUUCUCUGGAAGUGUCGGCCGGGCCGACUCACGAGAUCCUGACUCCACGCAUUCUGAGGGUUAUUAUGAUAAACGCUCUUCGCACCGUGGUGCAGGCACCACUAGCCAGACCGGAACGCGCAACCUUCUAUCUCCGGGCUUUGAAAGGCGCACAAAGAGCGCGAGCCGCUCAAAUGCAAGCAAGACCCUAGACUUUGCCCCAGCGAUUGAACACACCGGAAAGAACGGAAGCAUUGAACACCAACUUUAUGAUAAUGCCAAGGGCAAGACUUGGAGAAAUCGUAAUACAGAACAUGAGCUGUCGGAGUUCGACGUUCGUGAGGAUUUACGGAGCUGGGAAGUUAAUAAUAUACAAUAA